AUGGAGACACGAAUUGAACCCCUCACGCUUCUAAAAUUCGACGAGAACAUGUCAAUACAGUCGAGGCUCAACGGGUUCAAUGGCUUCCGAGGUGUCCUCUACGCCAUGCGACACGUCAGCUCCUUUCUUCUCAUGGUCUUGCUUAGUGGGCUCGUCUAUUCUUGGCCCGACCCAUCUAACCCGCUGAGAAACAUAAAUGGGUACGAACAAGGGUGCCUAUAUUUCGGGUCGGCCUUCAUGAUAUCCAUGGCCCGGCUUCAGCAGAGAGUUGAUGCCGAAAUGGGCCGGGCCUCGGCCCAAUGUGGGGUUCUUCUGCACGAGUUUAGGAGGUCACGGGCUGCAAUGGACGAGCUGAAGGGAGAGCUCGAGAGGAGGUGUUCACAAGGGAUUGUGGAGUGGGAAUCGGAGGUGGGUAUAAGAGAAAGGGUUGAAAAGUUGAGGGGCUAUUUUGCAAUUUUGAGGGGCGGGACGGAGAAUAUAAUCGGGCAGCUCGACGAUUUCUUUGAUGAGAUUGUGGAGGGGAGGAAGAAGCUGUUGGAUUUGUGCAGUCAU